AACUUAAAAUUAAAAUUGAGGGUUCGAUCUUGAGGGGGGAGAGAGAAGGAGCGAUAAACUCUGCCGAGCGGAUCUUCGACUCAAAAACUCCUUCGAUUUUUCCCUUUCUCGGCCCUUUGUUUACCGAUCCGCAACAAUAGAUGUUAAUUUUCGAAAUUUCUUUAUCCCUUUUACGGUUUCGAUUCCUGUCAUGAUUCUCGUCGAUCUCUGAUCUGCGUGCAAACAUUUUUUUUUUUUCCAAACAAGAGAUUAAGAUUGAAAAUCGAAGAAUUUUUGUUUUCUUUCUCCGUUCUCUCGCUAUCGAUACGGUCUUAUACUUGCGGUCACCGGAAUGGGGACUUGUGAAGAAGCAGCUUCCAUUGCUUCUCGUGAUUCUGAAGUAUCCCUCUCAGAACUACGAACAAGGCACAAACAAGAACUUGACAAUUUGACAUUGGUGACUCAACCCUUCAAAACAUUGAAGUUUUUCCUUUUGGGUGUUCUUCAAUAUAGUAAAAGCUCGAUAGCAUACAUUUUAUCGAAAGGUGGUUGGCUUUUGCUUUUAAACGUUAUUAUUGGAGCAGCCGGGAUUCUGAUUUUGAAUAUUGAAGGGCCACAUGAGAAGCAUGUUGAGGAGAUUGUGAAAUACUUUGACUACGGAUUGUGGUGGGUGAUCCUUGGAGUUGCUUCAUCCAUUGGUCUUGGGUCUGGCCUGCAUACUUUUGUCCUUUAUCUGGGGCCUCAUAUUGGGUUUUUCACGAUAAAGGCAGUGCAGUGUGGUCGAGUUGACUUAAAGAGUGCCCCUUAUGACACAAUACAAUUAAAAAGAGGUCCAUCAUGGCUCGAGAAAGAUUGCUCAGAAUUUGGACCUCCAGUUUUUACAUCGCGAGUCCCACUCAGCAGCAUAUUGCCAAUGGUUCAGUUAGAGGCGAUUCUGUGGGGUAUUGGGACUGCCUUAGGAGAGCUUCCUCCUUAUUUUAUCUCAAGGGCAGCACGCCUUUCUGGUGGCAGAUCAGAAGCAAUGGAAGAACUAGAUGCCUCUUCAAGGGAAACUAAUGGAUUCAUCCCUAAACAUUUGAAUAGAAUCAAGCGAUGGUUCCUUUCACAUGCUCAACAUUUGAAUUUCGUUACCAUUUUACUGCUUGCUUCGGUGCCGAAUCCUUUGUUCGACUUAGCCGGCAUUAUGUGUGGGCAAUUUGGAAUUCCUUUCUGGGAAUUCUUUUUUGCUACGCUGGUUGGAAAAGCAAUAAUUAAAACUCACAUUCAGACCAUUUUCAUCAUUGCUGUUUGCAACAAUCAACUUCUUGAUUGGAUAGAAAACGAAUUAAUAUGGGUCCUCAGCUUUGUGCCUGGAUUUUCAUCUAUCUUGCCGGGGCUGAUUGCCAAGCUCAACUCAGUCAAAGCUAAGUAUCUGAAAGCACCAUCUCAUGCGGCCGCUAAUACCAAGGACAAGAAAUGGGAUUUCUCGGUUUCUUCCRUCUGGAACACUAUAGUAUGGCUCAUGAUCAUGAACUUCUCUAUCAAGAUUAUGACUUCAACUGCCCAAAGGUACUUGAAGAAGCAGCAAGACGAGGAGCUCGCUGCCUUGACGAACAAAGUUCCUGCAUCGGCAUGCACAAAUUAACCCGGUCUCYAAUGUCUUCUCUCUUCUCACCCUUAUAAUUUACUAAGAUUUAGCAAGCACCAGUUGUACGGAUUCGAGUACUUGAGAAAAUGUCUGGAGAAAGUCCUGUUAGAAAGCUCUUGUAGAAUUAGGAAGGCAUUUUGGAGAACAGCAAAGGUAUAUAACAAGGCUUAUAAACCCUGUUCUGAUUGGGGUGGGGAAGCAUUGUUUUGGGUAAUUAUAUUACUUUGCCCACUGUUAACCAUUGGAAGGAUACAUUAUUAUUCAUUCGUAAUCCCAGACUCAUUUACUUGAAUAGUUGAAUUAUUAUGGGUUUAUCAAUUUAUUCCA